UCGCUCGCUGAAUUCACUUCGCAUUUGAGCCGACCCGCACGUCACGCGGCCGUCGCGCAAACAAACAACAAACGACCGUCGAAGUCGAACUCGAAGUCGACGUUCAGUUCAAGUUGAAGUUGAAGCAAAUUACACAAAAAUUUACCGCUUGUCUCGCACCUGUAUGUGUGAGUGUACGUGUUUUAGUCGCUGUCUCUUGUCCUGACUUCUUGUCCGUGCUCAUACAUCGUCUUCAUACUUCAAUCGCCGUUUUUGCGUGUCCUCGCUUCGCAUUUUGAUUCGCGUGUGUUUUUGUUUCAAUUCAAUUAAAUUUGUGUGUGUUUCGUGCAACAAGAAAUUGGCCACACAAAAAUUUGCAAAACCAAAAUCAAUUUUACAAAUAUUGUGAAAUCGUUGUCCCUGAUCCCCCUCGCAUCAUACUUCAUGUAUUUUAUUGGCCGCAUAAAAUAAGAAGGAAGCAGGCAACCAAAAAGAAAAAUAAUAAAAGAAAAGUGCCCAAAGUGAAAAAGACAAAAUCAGAAAAAAAGGAGAAGAUGUGCACAAAAUACAAAUAAAAAUCGCAAUCACAGUCGCAAUUGAAUGUGAAAUAUAAUGUUGUAAAUCAAGAAUAAAAAUAAAAGUGAAGUGCUGAACAACAACAACAAUCGAAAGAGCAACAACAAGAGCUCCUUGGAGGAGUGAGUUGAGUGGAUUUCUUCUCGCUAACACGAAAAAAAAAAGAAAACAAACUUCUCUUCUCUUCGCUUCCCAUCUACCAUCUAUCCUUCUAUCUAUCUAUCUAUCUCUCUCUCUCUCUGUCCGUGUGGAGUGUCGGCUUUCUGGGCCCCACAACAAAAAGCCGCCAAAAUUAAGUUCUCAAAGCAGAAUCAACAUCACGCAUACCGUCACACGGACAAUCUCUACGACGGUGGCACCGACACCGACGACGACGAAUGUCCAUUGGAGUCGACCACAAUGAAUCCCUAUGAGUAUGAGUCGACGCUCGAUUGCCGCGACACUGGCGGCGGCCCCCUCCCGCACUCUCCCUGCCCCGGCACACUGCCCAUGACAGGACGCCACCUGGCGACAGGCGGCAACGGUGGAGGAGGAUCACACAGCCAAACGCUGCAGCAUCAAAACCAACAGAAUUUGCAAGUCGCCGCUGCAGCUGCAGCCGCUGCUGCGGCUGCUCAACAGUCGUCGUCACACUACGAUUACGAGUAUCAGCAUUUGCCGCAUCGUCCACCGGAUAACACAGCAGCCAACUUGACGGCGCAACGCACACACGGCAGACAAGGCUUUCUCCUGGAGGGAGUCACGCCAACGGCACCACCGGAUGUUCCGCCACGUAAUCCGACAAUGAGUCGCAUGAAUAAUGCCCGUUUAAUUGCCGGCGCUGUUGCUAACAAUCCCAAUGAUCUGGGCGUUGACUUUGAGCCAUCGUGUUUGGUGCGGACGCCAUCGGGCAACGUUUACAUUCCUAGUGGAAAUAUAAAUAUCAACAAGGGCUCACCCAUUGACUAUAAGAGCGGAUCGGCCUGUUCCACACCCACAAAAGACACACUCAAAGGGGGCUACGAGCGCAGCACGCAAGGCUGCCCGGUGCUGCCGCCCAGGAGCAUGAACGGAAUGCCCACACAUCAUUACUCGGCGCCGAUGAACUUUCGCAAGGAUCUGCCCGCCUGGUGCUCAGCCAACUGGCUGAGCAUUGUCGCCUUCUCAGCCGUUGCACUGUUCUGCAUUGUUCUUAUUCUGUUGACCAGCACCGGCAAACUGUCAUGGUCACCCACGGCUCCCUGCACCGUGCUCGUCGGCAACGAGGCGGCCGAGGUUACGGCCGCGAAGAGCACAAACACUGAUCUAUCCAAGCUGCAUAAUGCAUCGGUUCGCGCGAAAAAUGGUCAAGGAAUUGGAAUUAUACAAGGCCAGGGUGGUGGAUCUGGCGGCGGCGGAGGGACAUCGACGGCAACCGUGACGACGGCCACAUCGAACAGUGGGACAGCGCAGGGAUUACAGUCGACAUCCGCUUCGGCUGAGGCAACCUCAUCUGCAGCGGCUGCCACUGCAACAUCCUCGUCGCAGUCGUCGCUGGCGCCAUCGACUUCAUUGUCCUCAUCCUUGGCGAAUGCCAAUAAUGGAGCAAGCCGGCAAGCAAUGUCAACGCUGCUGGCUGUCAACAAGAAGGUUGCUGUUGCGAAGAAGAAGCAGCGUCGCCAACGUCGCGAUGCCGCAACUUUAAUGCACUGGCAUGGCAAUGAAGACGAGGAUGAAGAUGAGGAUGAAGCUGAGGAUGAACACAAAGAUGAAGCCGCUGAAAGUUUCAGCGACUUAAUUACAAGCCCAAGUGGAGUUCAUAUACAAAAGUAUUUGGCUUCCACGGCUCCAAGAAUGGAAAGUAUUGAGAAAUUUACUGAGCAGCAACAACAUCACAAGCACAUUGAGUCAACUGUCAGCACAGCGGGUGCCAAGGAAAGCAAUUACGCUGAAGCUGCGCGCAAAAUCGAUGGAAUAUUGAAUACAAGGCAUGAUGAUACCUUUGUGGACGACAUCAGUGACUAUGACUAUGGAGAUGAUGACGAUGUCGUGGUGCUGAAGGCAGCGACGACAGUGCGGCCAGCGCCUAAAACUAGGCAACAAUUUGGCAAAUCAUUAAACGGCAAUUUAGCCAAAGCAGGUAAAAUGCUUGCUAAGCCCAAACGGAAGCUGGAGCAAGAGCUGAUGGAGCUGGAGUUUGAACUGAAAGCAGAGACCAACAGCGGCGAUAACAUUCAAGUUGAAUCAGAUACUGAGGCAAGCAGCAUUACUCCUGUUAUUGAUGAGUAUAAUCAAAGUGACAGUGGCAGCGCAAGCAAGAGCACAAGCGGCAGGGUGGCUGAGGCUGAGGCUGAGGAUGAAGAUGAAGAUGAGAAUGAGGAGGGUUCAGCACUGACAACGACAAUGUCGCUGGGAAGUGACAACGAUGACAUUGUUGAAAUCAACACCAGCAGCAGCAGCGUGAAGGAGAUUGAGGCGACAUCUACAACCAUCUAUGUUAUUGAAAAUGAUUUUCAAAUCAAACAGAAGCUGGAGUCGGAGUCGGAGUUUGAGUUGGAGAACAAACCUGUCGCUGAUGAUAACAAUAAUGAGCGUGAUUUGGCCGACAACUAUGAGCAGCACAAAGGAAAGGAGCUGGGGCAGCAGAGCAUAAAUCACACUAUGUCCGAUUUGAUGUUGAGCGAUGCGGCUCAUUUCGAUAAUGAGGACAUCGAUAUAGUCAAAUUGGACGAGGCUCCCCACUCCAAUGAAGUGGACGUCUAUAAGAUGGCAGUGGAACAGCCCGCGAAGGCGAAGCCAUUGCAAGCACCUGCACCACCGCCACCACCGCCUACCAGCGAAAAUGAGGUGCUUAAAGAACAAGAACAGGAUGUGGUCCAGGCAGCUCAUUUGACGCCAUUGAAACCAUAUGUCAGCGAACGCAUUGAUCAGCCUGGCAAGCGAAUACUGGUCAACUUGACAAUUGCCACCGAUGAUGGCAGCGAUUCCAUCUACACACUUCACGUUGCCGUGCCCACAGGCGGUGGCUCCCACAAUGUGGAGCAGCUGCUGACACAUGAACAUAGACAGCUCGAAGAGCAACCCAGCAACAACAUUGAUAACGUCGGCAGCUGCUUAUCGGAGCCACCUCCCCGCAUGCCCGAUUGUCCCUGCAGUUGCCUGCCUCCGUUGCCUGUCGAGAGCGAAGACAACGAACUAGACAUAGACUCGAUGCGCGUAGAAAAUGCUAACGAUAAUGUUGAGGAAGAUCAUGUGAAUGACAUUGAGAUGGGUCCACUUGCAUCCACCACUGCUGCACCACCUGCCACAACUACUAACUCCUUCAACGAGACUGCUACUGACAAUGCUACUGACGUUGUUACUGAUCGCACUGCUGAACAGUUUGCAUGCCCCGAUGUAAUGCCUAUACUCAUACUGGAAGGUGCUCGCACAUUCCCAGCGCGUAGUUUUCCACCAGAUGGCACCACUUUCGGCCAGAUAACAUUGGGCCAGAAGUUGACAAAGGAGAUACAACCGUACAGUUAUUGGAACAUGCAAUUCUAUCAAUCGGAACCGGCGUAUGUCAAGUUCGACUAUACCAUACCGCGAGGUGCAUCCAUUGGUGUCUAUGGGCGUCGCAAUGCUUUACCCACACACACUCAAUAUCACUUCAAGGAGGUGCUGAGUGGCUUCAGUGUGAGCACACGCACCGCACGAGCGGCACACCUUUCGAUAACUCGCGAAGUCACACGCUACAUGGAACCAGGUCAUUGGUUCGUUUCGCUCUACAACGAUGAUGGGGAUGUGCAGGAAUUGACCUUCUAUGCAGCCAUUGCCGAGGACAUGACACAAAACUGUCCCAAUGGUUGCUCCGGCAAUGGACAGUGUCUGCUGGGGCAUUGUCAGUGUAAUCCCGGUUUUGGUGGCGACGAUUGCAGUGAAAGUGUUUGUCCAGUGUUGUGCUCGCAGCAUGGCGACUACACCAAUGGCGAAUGCAUUUGCAAUCCCGGCUGGAAGGGCAAGGAAUGCUCCCUGCGCCACGAUGAAUGCGAAGUUGCUGAUUGCAAUGGUCAUGGUCACUGCGUUAGCGGCAAGUGCCAAUGCAUGCGCGGCUACAAGGGCAAAUUCUGCGAAGAAGUGGACUGCCCACAUCCGAAUUGCUCUGGACACGGUUUCUGCGCUGACGGCACUUGCAUCUGCAAGAAGGGCUGGAAGGGCGUGGACUGUGCCACCAUGGAUCAGGAUGCUUUGCAAUGCUUACCCGACUGCUCGGGCCAUGGCACUUUCGAUCUUGACACACAGACCUGUACCUGCGAGAGCAAGUGGAGUGGCGACGAUUGCUCCAAGGAGCUGUGCGAUCUCGACUGCGGUCAGCAUGGACGUUGCGAGGGCGAUGCUUGCGCCUGUGAUCCCGAAUGGGGCGGAGAUUAUUGCAAUACACGACUCUGCGACAGUCGCUGCAAUGAGCAUGGUCAGUGCAAGAAUGGAACGUGUCUUUGUGUCACCGGCUGGAAUGGUAAGCAUUGCACCAUCGAGGGUUGUCCCAACAGUUGUGCGGCACAUGGCCAAUGUCGAGUCAGUGGGGAAGGACAAUGGGAAUGCCGUUGCUACGAGGGCUGGGAUGGACCCGAUUGUGGCAUCGCUCUGGAGUUGAACUGCGGCGACAGCAAGGACAAUGAUAAAGAUGGCCUAGUUGACUGUGAAGAUCCCGAGUGCUGUGCCAGCCACGUCUGUAAGAACUCCCAGCUGUGUGUUUCCGCACCCAAGCCCAUUGAUGUGCUCUUGAGAAAGCAGCCACCAGCAAUUACCGCCUCGUUCUUUGAGCGCAUGAAGUUCCUGAUCGACGAGAGCAGUCUGCAAAACUACGCCAAACUGGAAGCUUUUAACGAGAGCAUUUUUUGGAAUUAUUUCAAUGCAAGCCGAUCAGCAGUUAUUCGCGGACGCGUUGUCACCUCCCUGGGCAUGGGACUGGUUGGCGUGCGUGUCUCCACCACAACUGUACUGGAAGGAUUCACCCUCACCCGCGACGAUGGCUGGUUCGAUCUGAUGGUGAACGGUGGCGGUGCUGUGACGCUGCAGUUUGGACGUGCCCCGUUCCGGCCCCAGUCACGCAUUGUCCAGGUGCCAUGGAACGAGGUUGUCAUCAUCGAUGUGAUGGUCAUGAGCAUGUCCGAUGAAAAGGCUUUGGCCACCACAACCACACACACUUGCUUCUCCCACGACUACGAUCAAAUGAAGCCGGUGGUGUUGGCCUCCUGGAAACAUGGCUUCCAAGGCGCCUGCCCCGAUCGCAGUGCCAUUCUCGCCGAGUCGCAGGUCAUUCAGGAAUCCCUGCAAAUUCCCGGCACCGGCUUGAAUCUCGUCUAUCACUCGUCACGCGCUGCUGGCUAUUUGUCAACGAUCAAACUGCAAUUGACACCGGACACCAUUCCUGCUACACUGCAUCUGAUCCAUCUGCGCAUCACCAUCGAGGGCAUAUUGUUUGAGCGUGUGUUUGAGGCAGACCCAGGCAUCAAGUUCACCUACGCCUGGAAUCGCUUGAAUAUCUACAGACAGCGUGUCUAUGGCGUCACCACUGCGGUCGUUAAGGUCGGUUAUCAGUACACGGACUGCAAGGACAUUGUCUGGGAUAUACAGACCACCAAAUUGAGCGGCCACGACAUGUCAAUCUCUGAGGUGGGUGGCUGGAACUUGGACAUCCAUCAUCGUUACAAUUUCCACGAGGGCAUUCUGCAAAAGGGCGACGGAUCGAACAUUUAUCUGCGAAACAAACCCCGCAUCAUCCUCACCACCAUGGGUGAUGGUCAUCAGCGUCCGCUGGAGUGCCAGGACUGCGAUGGUUAUGCUCUGAAGCAGCGUCUGCUUGCGCCCGUUGCUCUGGCCGCCGCUCCUGAUGGUAGUCUGUUUGUGGGCGACUUUAAUUACAUUCGCCGCAUCAUGACCGACGGCACCAUUCGCACUGUAGUCAAACUGAACGCUACCCGAGUGUCGUAUCGUUAUCACAUGGCUCUGAGUCCUUUGGAUGGCACACUGUACAUCUCUGACCCCGAAUCUCAUCAGAUUAUCCGCGUGCGCAACAUGAGCGAUUAUGACCGUCCGGAACAGAACUGGGAACCCGUUGUGGGCUCCGGUGAGCGUUGUCUGCCCGGAGAUGAGGCUCAUUGCGGCGAUGGCGCCUUGGCCAAGGAUGCCAAGCUCGCCUAUCCUAAAGGCAUUGCCAUCUCCAGCGAUAAUAUCUUGUACUUCGCUGAUGGCACCAACAUUCGCAUGGUCGAUCGCGAUGGCAUCGUGAGCACUUUGAUUGGCAAUCACAUGCACAAAUCCCACUGGAAACCCAUUCCCUGCGAGGGCACACUCAAGCUGGAGGAGAUGCACUUGCGUUGGCCCACCGAACUGGCUGUUUCACCUAUGGAUAACACUCUGCACAUUAUUGACGAUCACAUGAUCCUACGCAUGACCCCUGAUGGACGAGUUCGCGUGAUUUCCGGACGUGUGCAACAUUGCGCCACAGCUUCCACUGUCUACGAUGCAGAGUUGGCCACACACGCUACCCUCGUGAUGCCUCAGUCUAUUGCCUUUGGCCCUCUGGGUGAACUGUUUGUUGCCGAAAGCGAUUCACAGCGCAUUAAUCGCGUGCGCGUUAUUGGCACCGAUGGACGCAUUGCUUCAUUUGCGGGCGCUGAGUCCAAGUGCAAUUGCCUGGAGCGUGGCUGCGAUUGCUUCGAAGCUGAUCACUAUUUGGCCACGAGUGCCAAGUUCAACACGAUUGCCGCUUUGGCUGUAACACCCGACGGUCAUGUGCACAUUGCUGAUCAGGCCAAUUAUCGCAUUCGCUCGGUCAUGUCCAGCAUUCCGGAGGCGAGUCCGUCGCGUGAAUACGAGAUCUACGCACCCGACAUGCAGGAGAUUUACAUCUUCAAUCGCUUCGGCCAACACGUAUCCACCAGGAACAUACUUACGGGCGAGACAACCUAUGUGUUCACCUACAACGUCAACACAUCAAAUGGCAAACUGAGCACGGUGACGGAUGCGGCGGGCAACAAGGUGUUCCUGCUGCGCGAUUACACCUCGCAGGUGAACUCGAUUGAGAAUACCAAGGGUCAGAAGUGCCGACUGCGAAUGACGCGCAUGAAGAUGCUGCACGAGUUGAGUACUCCUGAUAACUACAAUGUCACCUACGAGUAUCAUGGACCCACCGGACUGCUAAAGACUAAACUGGACUCCACAGGACGUUCUUAUGUCUACAACUACGAUGAGUUUGGUCGCUUGACCUCGGCUGUAACUCCCACCGGACGUGUCAUUGAGCUCACCUUCGAUCUGAGUGUGAAAGGUGCCCAGGUUAAGGUCUCAGAGAAUGCACAGAAGGAGAUCUCUAUGCUCAUUCAAGGUUCCACAGUUGUGGUGAAGAAUGGCGCCGCCGAGUCGCGUACUACGGUGGGCAUGGAUGGCUCCACCACCAGCAUUACACCAUGGGGACACAAUCUGCAAAUGGAAGUCAUGCCGUACACCAUCCUGGCCGAACAGAGCCCUCUGCUAGGCGAAAGUUAUCCAGUGCCCGCCAAGCAGCGCACCGAGAUUGCCGGCGAUCUGGCUAAUCGUUUCGAGUGGCGUUACUUUGUGCGUCGCCAGCAGCCGCUGCAGCCAGGCAAACAGAACAAGGGAGCUCCGCGCCCCGUCACCGAGGUGGGACGCAAAUUGCGCGUCAAUGGCGACAAUGUGCUGACCCUGGAGUACGAUCGUGAGACGCAAUCAGUUGUGGUGAUGGUCGACGACAAGCAGGAACUUCUCAAUGUUACCUAUGAUCGCACCUCACGUCCUGUCAGUUUCCGUCCGCAGUCGGGCGAUUAUGCCGACGUGGAUCUCGAGUACGACCGCUUUGGCCGCUUGGUCAGCUGGAAGUGGGGUGUGCUGCAGGAGGCCUACACCUUUGAUCGCAACGGACGCCUCAAUGAGAUCAAGUAUGGCGAUGGUUCGUCGAUGGUCUACACCUUUAAGGACAUGUUUGGUUCGCUGCCGCUUAAGGUCACCACGCCACGCAGAUCAGACUAUUUGCUGCAAUACGACGAUGCGGGUGCAUUGCAGAGUUUGACAACGCCACGCGGACACAUUCAUUCGUUCUCGCUGCAAACAUCGCUUGGCUUCUUCAAGUAUCAAUACUACUCGCCCAUCAAUCGCCACCCAUUCGAGAUACUGUACAACGAUGAGGGACAAAUACUCGCUAAGAUCCAUCCACAUCAAUCGGGCAAGGUUGCCUUUGUGCAUGAUGCUGCCGGACGUCUUGAGACCAUUCUUGCUGGACUCUUCAGCACACACUACACGUAUCAGGAGAGCACCAGUCUGGUGAAGUCCGUAGAGGUGCAGGAGCCAGGCUUUGAACUGCGUCGCGAGUUCAAGUAUCACGCUGGCAUACUCAAGGAUGAGAAGUUACGCUUUGGCUCCAAGAAUUCAUUGUCUUCUGCUCACUACAAAUAUGCCUACGAUGGCAAUGCACGCUUGAGCGGCAUUGAGAUGGCCAUCGAUGAUAAGGAGCUGCCCACCACCCGCUACAAGUACAGCCAGAAUCUGGGACAACUCGAGGUGGUGCAGGAUUUGAAGAUCACACGCAAUGCCUUCAAUCGCACCGUCAUCCAAGACUCAGCCAAACAAUUCUUUACCAUUGUGGAUUACGAUCAACAUGGUCGUGUGAAGAGCGUGCUGAUGAACAUCAAGAGCUUCGAUGUGUUCCGCCUGGAACUCGACUACGAUCUGCGCAAUCGCAUCAAGUCACAGAAGACAACUUUCGGAAGAUCGACAGCCUUCGAUAAGAUCAACUACAAUGCCGAUGGUCAUGUGAUUGAGGUGUUGGGCACCAACAACUGGAAAUAUUUGUAUGAUGAGAAUGGCAACACUGUGGGCAUUGUUGAUCAGGGCGAGAAGAUCAACCUGGGCUAUGAUAUUGGCGAUCGUGUCAUCAAAGUAGGCGACAUUGAGUUCAACAACUACGAUGCUCGUGGUUUUGUGGUGCGUCGUGGCGAACAGAAGUAUCGCUACAACAAUCGUGGCCAAUUGAUUCAUGCUUUUGAACGCGAUCGUUUCCAGAGCUGGUACUACUACGAUGAUCGUAGCCGCCUGGUCGCUUGGCACGAUAGCAAGGGCAACGUUACCCAGUACUUCUAUGCCAACCCCAAGACACCCAAUCUGGUCAGUCACGUGCACUUCCCCGAGCAGGGCAAGACCAUGAAGUUCUACUAUGAUGAUCGUGAUAUGUUGAUUGCCUUGGAGCAUGCUGAGCAGCGUUACUAUGUGGCCACCGAUCAGAAUGGUUCGCCUCUCGCUUUCUUUGAUAUGAAUGGCGGCAUUGUCAAGGAGGUUAAGCGCACGCCUUUCGGUCGCACCAUUAAGGACACCAAGCCCGACUUCUUUGUGCCCAUCGAUUUCCAUGGCGGUCUCAUUGAUCCGCACACCAAACUGAUCUACACAGAGCGACGACAAUACGAUCCCACGGUUGGUCAAUGGAUGACACCGCUCUGGGAGACCCUGGCCACCGAAAUGUCCAAUCCCACCGAUGUGUUUAUUUACCGCUAUCACAACAACGAUCCCAUCAAUCGCAACAAACCACAGGAUUACAUGAUCGAUCUGGAUGCCUGGCUGCGACUCUUUGGCUACGAACUGAACAACAUGCAGAGCAAUCGCUACACCAAGCUGUCACAGUAUACACCACAGGCCAGCAUCAAGUCCAAUACACUGGCGCCCGACUUCGGUGUGAUCUCCGGCCUCGAGUGCAUUGUGGAGAAGACCAACGAGAAGUUCAGUGACUUCGAUUUCGCGCCCAAGCCGCUGCUGAAAAUGGAGCCUAAGAUGCGCAAUCUGUUGCCACGUGUCAGCUAUCGUCGUGCUGUGUUCGGUGAAGGUGUGUUGCUCUCCAGGAUCGGCGGACGUGCGUUGGUCAGCGUUGUGGAUGGCUCGAAUAGCGUGGUGCAAGAUGUGGUUAGCUCGGUGUUUAACAACUCCUACUUCUUGGAUCUACACUUUAGCAUACACGAUCAGGAUGUCUUCUACUUUGUCAAGGACAAUGUGCUGAAGCUGCGCGACGAUAACGAAGAACUGCGUCGCCUGGGUGGCAUGUUUAACAUAUCAACACACGAGAUUAGCGAUCAUGGUGGCAGUGCUGCUAAGGAACUGCGUCUCCAUGGCCCCGAGGCUGUGGUCAUCAUCAAGUAUGGCGUGGACCCCGAGCAGGAGCGUCAUCGCAUCCUGAAGCAUGCGCAUAAGCGUGCUGUAGAGCGUGCCUGGGAGCUGGAGAAACAGCUGGUGGCAGCUGGUUUCCAGGGUCGUGGCGAUUGGACCGAGGAGGAGAAGGAAGAGCUGAUACAGCAUGGAGAUGUGGAUGGCUGGAUUGGCAUCGAUAUACACAGCAUACACAAGUAUCCGCAGCUGGCCGAUGAUCCUGGCAAUGUGGCCUUUCAGCGCGAUGCCAAACGCAAGCGUCGUAAGUCUGGCAACAGCCACCGAAUGAGCUCGAAUCGCCGACAACAGCAGAAAUAUGGUGAAGUGAGUGCGUGAGUGGAGGAGCAAGACCUGGAGCUGGAGCUAGAAAGUGAAGCAGCUGGUGAAGAGUAUGAAUACGGGCCGGAUGGUGAGGUGGAGCAGGAACAGGACUUGGACUACUUGAUAGCCGUGGAAAAGAUUGCCGCCAAUCAGCAGAGGAAGAGCAGCGAGGCAACUGAGGAGCAGUUUUUGUAAUUAUCUAGGUGAAAUACAACAGCACAAUACACACAAGACACAAGUACACUACAAAAUACACUUCAUCUUAAAUAAUUAAUAUAAACUUUAAUAGCAUUUAAAGUUUAGUAUUAGUCAGCAGCCACAGCAGCAGCAAAAGAAAACCCUCGGCAAAAACUGCAUAAAUUUCUAUAUAAAUGGAUGUAAACGAUAAAAAAAAACAAACAAAAACAAAAAAAAUGAUAUGUAUGUUGAUGUUGAGUUUAGGCUAAACAAUAGGCAUAUGAUUAGUCCAGAUGUAAACAAUUAAUGUAAUUUUUUAAAAUUUCAAAAGCUUCAAGGCUUCCUCCCCACACAAUACAUAUAGUAAAUGUACGACGAGGACGAGAAGCAGAUGAACAGAAUGAAUGAAGACAGCGCCUUUGUGUUUUUAGUCUACUAAAGUCUAAUUAGCCAGUUGCAUUCAAUGUCAAACAAGUAUUACACAACAACAACAAAAACAUACAUAAAUAAAAAACGAAAUAUUGACAACAUAUAAGUAAAUACUACAUACUCAACUAAGUAAUCUAUUAAAUAUAUAAAUCAUAAAUUAAUGUAAAAAGUUGAAAGAGUCCCCCUAAGCCCCAGCCUAGCCCAUAUUCCUACUCCAAACGAAAAGAAAACGAAAAAAAAAGCGAAAGAAAAGCGACAAGCUUCAUUUUCAUAAAUGCUUUGUAUAUACAUACAUACUCGCACUCACACUCACACACACAUACAAGCUUAUUAUCAAUUACUUAAUCAUGCUUUAAACACACUUAACAAAGCGCGCGUUAAACAUAUAUUUAAUUGUUUAAAACCCAUUUUGUUUUAGACUCACAAAAUGCUCGAAUUUAUUCUAAACGCGUAUACUUAAUUUCGACAGCCAAAAAUCAAAAGCCCUAAAUUGACGAACUCUGUCUACCAAAACCCUGCUACUACUAUUUCUUAAUCAUUUUUUAUUCCGAAGGCAAAAUGCAUUAAUACUUUUUACAAAUUGUGAUAUAUUUCUAACAUUUCAUUUGACCUGACGACCUGAAAUGUUGCAAAAAUAAAAAAAGAAUAAGAAACGAAAUGCAAACUCAAAUCGCAACCGAAAUCGAAAUGGAAAUCGAACGUUGACAAAACAGCAAAGUACUUUACUCAUAACGCUUUCUGUUGUAAUUAGUCUAUUAAGAUUUUAGUUUUUUAAAAUGCAAUAUUUAGUUUAACAUAUUUGCCAUGUUAAUUUGUAAAAGCAAUGCAGUUUUUAAUGCCUUCAAUCUGAAUGCUAGAGAUUAAGGUUUUUCCGAAUUUUAUUUAAAACUUUUAAUUAUUUUUUUUUUAAAUCACUUUCAAUACACAAACUUUAACUUUUGCUAAAGUGUUUUAUUUGUUUAUAAUUAUAUACAUAUUAUUAAACUAUUUAUAACUGAAACUAAACUAUUGACUAUUGAGAUAUAAAUAAACUAGCAUUUAAACUAAGUACGCAUACUCGUAUUUAAGUCUUGAACAUAAAAAUAAAUACAAAUAAUUCACCAAUCCCCCACAAUCCCCCAUAUGACAUACAUACAUAUAAACUAAAUACACCUUGUAAUAUAGACACACUCAAACUACACAUCGUCACUAAGGAUUAGGCAUAGGUUAAUGAAAAAAAAAAGAAAAGAAACUCGUAAAAACGAAACAAAUAACAACAAAAACGUAGCACUUAAAUAAUGUGAAAGUGAGCAAAGUGAGCAAGGAGUUAAGAAUAAAACGUAGAAGUUAGCUAAAGUGUUAGUAAUUUUAUUAAAUAAAAUUAUAAAUAUAAAAAAAGAAAAGAACCGAAAGAAAAACAGAAGCAUAUAUAUAUAGAAAUAUAUAUAAUAAUAUACAUUAAAGGCUAAGCAAAAGUAUAAUUCGAAUAUAUGUAUAUGCAUCGAUAGAGACAUGCGAAAUGUUGUGUAUAGAAAAAGCAUCAAGAAAACCAAAUUUCACGUUUUCCAAAAUGAUAUAAAAUACUAUUUUACACAAAAAGAAAAACAAAACAAAAAAUGAAAGAAAAGAAAAACGAAUUGUAUAAAUGCAGCAAACGUAUAUAAAUGUAUAUGUAGUAAAAUUAAGCAGCAUUAUAUUAACCAAAAACCUAAAAUGAAAUUAUUGAAAUCAGCUAAAAACAAAAUUGUGACUGAAAUAUGUAUCUACGUCUACUCAAUUGUGCUUAAAUUUACUCAGUAUGUAUAUUUUGUUCUUCAGGAUCGAGGUGUAAAUUUUUCAAUUUUUCCAGAGGCAACAAUAUUGUACACACACUUUCAAUUCGUUAAAACUCAUGUUUGUAUUAUGAUCUGAUAUUGACACUGAUUGAGCAGAUUGAUAAAAACAAAAAAGAAACACUUUGAAAUUAACACUUGAAAUAAAUUAUGAUCAAUAUUUGUAUUAAAUGUACGAAAUCGUCUCCACAAAGCAAUGCAUAAGCUUCAGGCUAUGCAGAAUGAAGCUAAGUCUAAAAAACAAAAAUAAUAAGAAAAAUUGAACAACAAAAGUUAAUCGUACACAAAGCAGAAGAGAACAAAACAAACACAUAAUACACACGUUUAUGGCAAGCCGAUAUAUAUGAUAAAACCAUAUAUAAUAUCUAAUAAUAUAACGAAUAAAAGCGAUUUCAAUAAAAAUAAAAAAUUACAAAAAAAUAUAUUUGUGCGUUUACUUUUUAUAAUCAUUUUGGAUGAACCAAUUUCAGCACUCAUACAAGAAAUAAUUUAACGAUAAAAUACAUUUUCUUAUUAUUUGAAACUUUUUUAAAAAGUUUAGUUUUUAUUUCGUAUUUCAGUUUACAAUGUAAAUAAAUACUAAGCAACCUGUCAUUCCAUAGAGUUUUCGGAUCUACAGACUGUGACCCUUGGGGUUCUCAGUAAAAACUGUGCUUCCAGAUUGAUUGACGAACUUUGAAUAGGGAGCUGCAUCAACCACAUAGUCCGUUGAUUUGCGUAGAGCUUCCGGAUUGCGCGUAAGUACAAGCAGCUUUCCACUAAGGCUUUUAUCGAUAGUCUUCAGUUCCGUAACCUUUUUCUGCUGAUCAACCACAUACAGUUCAUAGUUGAUGCCAUAAAGACCAAAAAGAACCUCAACUUCAGUGCGCAGCGUUUCCAAUGUGAUGUAUUCCUUGUUGACAUUAUGCUGCAGCAAUAUUGAAGCCUUAUUGCUGUUGACGAAUCGCGGUUGCAGCUCACCAGCUAGCGUAACAUUUAGCCACGCUAGUGUCGGCAGUUGCAGUUCCUCCGUGGAACAAAUGGUGAGGGUUAGAUCGACACCCUUGAGAUCAACCAGCUCCGUGAUGAUAGGACGUUUCGUGGCAGCCUCUUUCGCAUUAAAUGGUAUGAACUCCGAUUUGACAGCACCCUUGAUCAUAGCCGCAUAGUUGACUAGCACCUUUUCCAAUUGAGCUUGUGUUUCCAGGACUUCCUUUUUGGCAUUCUUGCUGGCACUUAGGGCAUAAUAGAUGAUAACAGGAUCAGUGGGUAUCAGUUGUGCUUUCUUCUUGAGCUUCUGCACGCGAUUGAUGAUUUCACGAGCCAAACCCUCCUCAAGCAGCUCCUCGUUGGGCGUCAUGUCCAAAAGGACAAGUACUUCGUUGUCGCUGUGCGCUUCAAAGUUUCCUCCAACCUUAUCGGACGUGCAAUAGAUAACACGCACUUCGUCCAGCUCAAUGCGCUGAUCCAAAAUGUUAAAGUAGCCCUGGGCAACCUGCUUUUGAAUCUCUUCAUCCUUCAGCGCCUUGAUAGCUGCCAUAACAGCCUUAAAGUUGCCCUUCAGGCGUUGACCAAGCGUCUGUAAUUAAUGAAAAUUUAAAUUAGCAUUUUAAACUCUUACAAAAUAGCUUUAAUAGCUCACCUUGUGGUCUGGUUCAGCACGCAAUGUUACUCCAUACUUUUCCUUCUCAGAGCUGAGCGUCAGCUUGCGCACAUUGAGUUCGCUGAGGAUAAAGUCUUGCAAGCUCUUGAUCUCCUCCAGCGUCUGCUGAUCCUUGUGGAUCACAAUGAUCUCCGAAACGGGAUACUUUACAGGCAGAGUGCGACGAUCGCGCAUCACUCGUCCCAACUCAACCACAGACUGCAUCAGUGCAACAGAUCGUUCGAUAUCGCUGCGAAUAAACUUGCGUUGACUCGCAGGCAUCAUUUGGUAGUGCACGGAGUCAGUGUGCUCCAAGGUUCCUUUAGGCUGGAACAGCACGAGUCGUUGGAAGAUGUAUUCGGUCAAGAAAGGUGUAAAAGGUGCCAUCAUCUUAACCAUUGUGUACAGCACAUCGUAGAGCGUAUCCAAUGAUUGAAUGCACUGUUCAGUGCCCAUUUCACCCUUGAUGCGACGACGGUUUAAGCGCACAUACCUUAGAAGAAAAAUUUUAGUUAUCUGAAUUGCAAGGUAAUCAAGAGUCUGCUUACCAGUUGGUCAACUGGUCAAUGAACUUGGUGAGUCUGGGCACCACAGUGUAGAGACGGUACAUCUUCAUCUCAGUGGCAAAGAACUCCAACAGCGAUU